ACUCCUCCCAUUCUUUUCCCCCCAAUAUUAGACCUCAGAGAAACCAGUGGCAAUAUUUUCCUGAGCACUCAGACAAUUUCUAAUCACGGCACCGGCGAGUAUAAAACAUCACUGGUUAAGGAAUAGUACAUUUGCUCGCCAUACUUUGCAAUAAUGCACCCUUUGAACGCAGCGACCUGCCUUAUCCUCGCUGCAUUGAAUGUGGGGAGUGUCAAACAAGCAGAGUCCAGCAGCAGCAGCAGCAAAGGUGGUCAUUGUGAAUCAAUACCCACCGCGAUGGAGCUGUGUCACGGUAUUGAGUACACCGAGAUGAUGAGGCUCCCUAACCUGCUGGGACAUGAAACUAUAGAUGAGGUGCUGCAGCAGGCCAGCGCAUGGAUCCCGCUGGUGCAAAAGCAGUGUCACGCCGACACCAAGAAGUUUCUCUGCUCCCUCUUUGCUCCGGUGUGCAUCGACGAGCUGGACGAGCCGGUGCGGCCGUGUCGCUCGCUGUGCGUGCAGGUGAGGAAGGGCUGCUCUCCAGUCAUGUCAGCCUUCGGCUUCCCCUGGCCGGACAUGCUGGCGUGCAACCGCUUCCCAGAGGACAACGAUCUCUGCAUCCCACCCGCCGACUCCAACCAACAUGUCCCCGCGACCAGAGACGAACUAAAGAUCUGCGAUGCAUGCAAAGAAAGCGAGCAAAACGACAACGAAAUUGUCGAGAAAUACUGCAAAAAUGACUUUGCUCUGAAAAUAAAAGUGCAGGAGAUCUCCUACAGCAACGGGGACACAAUGAUCGUCCCUGAGACUAAAAGCAAGACGAUCUACAAGCUGAAUGGAGUGACCGAGAAGGAUCUGAAGAAGAGCGUGUUGUGGUUGAAGGGUGGUCUGCAAUGUCUUUGUGAUGAGAUGAACGAUAUCACUGCUGCCUACUUAGUGAUGGGACAAAAGCUGGAUGGUAACCUAAUCAUUACCUCAGUGAAGAGAUGGCAGAAAGGUCAGCGGGAGUUUAAGAGGAUUGCCCGGAGCAUCCGCAAACAGAAAUGUUAAAUUGCGGUCAGUUGACCUCCCAGUCAUAUUAGUAAACCGUGCACAAUAUCCGUCGUGGUUUGUACCCCCCACGCCACAUGCUAUAACCUAUACCCAGUAUGUGUUUUAAAUAUAUAAGCUCCCUUUUCUUAGUUCAACUGGAUCACAUUAAUUUUUUAAUACUUAAUUAUACUUUUUUUUUAUCGCCCAAGAGUUUUUCGUUUCAUGCUUUGUUGCUUAACUUUUGAUUUAAUUUUAAUUACACAUCUAGUGGAAUAUACUAAAGAGACAUAGAGUCAAACAGCA